UGUACUUUCUCUCUCUCUUUUAGCACCAGCCCUCUCUAUGACUACUCUUAUUAUUUGUCAAAUGGCACUGCUUAUGGAAGUGAACCCUGUAACUACGAAGCCCAUGCAAGCCGUUUUCUCCCAGUGCUCUACUCCCUGUUCUUUAUAGUGGGGUUCCUGGGCAACAUGCUGGUGUUGUGGGUGAUUCUAAUGGGUGUUAAGUUAAAAAGCAUGACCGACGUGUGUCUUUUCAACUUGGCCGUGGCCGACCUUCUCCUGGUCUUCUCUUUACCGUUUCUGGCCCACUACGCCAGGGACUCCUGGGUUUUUGGUGGCGUUGUGUGCUUUUUGGUCCUUGGUGUGUAUCAUGUCGGCUUUUAUGGUGGCAUCUUCUUCAUCGUGCUGAUGAGCUUUGACAGAUACUUGGCCAUAGUCCACGCUGUGUUUGCAAUGAGGGUUAGAACCAAAACAACAGGGAUUUUAGCUAGUCUUGGGGUCUGGGUCGCUUCUGUCGCAGUGUCAUUUCCUGAGCUGCGGUAUCUUGGAAUUAUUGAGCAUGAAGGCAAAACACUCUGUAGUGCUUAUCCGAAUGGAGGUGACCACAAUGACAUGAAGGUUAUAGGAUUAUUUAAAAUGAAUAUGUUGGGACUGCUGGUUCCCCUGGCCAUCGUGGGGUAUUGCUACACAAUGGUGCUUCGGAGGCUCCUGACAGUCCGUUCCUCCAGGAAACAGGCGAUCCGCCUUGUUGCCGUGGUAAUGGUGGUGUUCUUCUGCUGCUGGACACCUUACAACAUUGCAGCGUUCCUUAAAGCACUGGAACUCAAGAAAGUUCUGGAUGCAAAUUGUGAAAUGAGCAAAUCGAUUCAGCUGAUGCUGCAGGCCACUGAAGUCAUAGCAUACUCACACAGCUGCCUCAAUCCCUUCCUCUAUGUGUUUGUGGGGCGAAAGUUUAAGAACCACCUCACCAACCUUUUGCAUCGGACACCAUUCUCCAAACUGAAGCUCUUUAAGAGCUACAUGAUCCAAACCGCAGUGUCUGGACAGUCUCAAAUCUCAAGCGUAGACGAACAGUUCACCAACCUUUGA